AUGCAGUGUUUAUGGAUUUCCGGGAUAAAGUGGGACGAUCCCUUACCAACCGACCUGUCUCUUCUCUGGAACAGAUAUCAUUCAGAACUUCAUUUAGUGAACACAAUUAUUAUUCCUCGUCGCAUUACUGACGAUGGUGCCAUUUCAGUCCAUCUGCAUGCGUUUUCGGAUAGUUCUCAAAAGGGAUACGCUGCAUCAGUGUACCUCCGUGUUGAAACUGCUACGUCCGUCCGUUGUCACCUUAUUACAGGAAAGACCAGAGUCGCACCUCUCAAACACGUUACCAUUCCCCGUCUGGAAUUAUGUGGAGCAGUUCUAGCAGCACAACUCCUUCGUUACACUGUCACCGCAUUUCAAGAUCGAAUACAUGUCGACACAUUGACUGCGUGGACUGACUCCACCACAGCCCUUGCAUGGAUUCGUUCGUCACCACAUAGAUGGACGACCUUUGUUGCAAAUCGCACAAGUCAAAUUCAAGAGUUGACCCCUCCAUCUAUUUGGAGGCACGUUCCCACUCUCUGCAAUCCAGCUGACUGUGCAUCUCGUGGAUUAUAUCCAUCAGACCUCGUCAACCAUGCCCUUUGGUGGACUGGACCUCCAUUCUUACUGAAACCCCCAGACCAAUGGCCAGCUUCCCUCGACGCUCCUCAGGAUGCCAUCGAUAUACUACCUGAUAAUGAAAUCCGGAAAUCUGCUGUAGUGUUUAUGACCGUUAGAUCUUCUGCUACGCAGUUACUUGAUCGUUUCUCAUCAUUAGACAAAAUUGUUAGAAUUGUUGCAUACUGUUUACGUGUAAAACCUGGUAAAAAACCGAAACAACAAUCCACAACACUUCUGAACGCCGAAGAACUUCAUCACGCUUUGCUUGCACUUAUCUUGUCUGUCCAACGAUCUGUAUAUCACGACGAUAUCGCAUUGAUAACCAAGAAUUCGCCUUGUUCAAAACCACUACGUAAAUUGGAUGCAUUCAUUGAUUCCGCUGGAUUUCUCAGAGUGGGCGGUCGCCUUCAAAACUCUGAUCUUCCAUAUGAACGCAAACAUCCGCUCCUCAUACCGUCACAUCAUCGAUUAACAGAGUUGAUUAUCGACCACAAUCAUUGUAAAUUGAAACACCCCGGCCCGUCUGCUCUUCAAACUCAUUUACAACGUCUCUUUUGGAUUCAGUCAGCCCGGCGAGUCAUCCGUUCACGCUUGCGUCUGUGCAUUCCAUGUUUUCGGACCAGACCGCAAUCCGUUCAACCGAAGAUGGCUGCGCUCCCAAAGUAUCGCGUCCAGCAGAUUAAACCCUUCGCCAUCACCGGUGUAGAUUAUGCUGGACCGAUUACUAUAAAAAGUCAUCGAGGCCGGAACUCACGUUCCAAACUGGCUUAUAUCUGUUUGUUUGUCUGCACAAACACGAAAGCGAUUCAUUUAGAGUUGAGUUCAGAUCUGUCAACAGAAACGUUCCUAUUGGCUCUCACACGGUUCACUUCACGUCGUGGUCCGGUAAGCGAGAUCCACAGUGAUAAUGGAACGAAUUUUGUUGGAGCAUCGCGCCUCUUGAACCCGAUACAAACAUUGACCAAUUCAAAACCAUUUCAAACUCGUGUGCACUCUCAUCUAGCAACUUCCAACAUCCAAUGGCAUUUCAACCCUCCUUCAUCUCCGCAUUUUGGAGGAUUGUGGGAAGCUGGGGUGAAAUCUACCAAAUCACUAAUCCUCCGAUCUAUUGGACUCCACAAGCUGGUGGCUGAAGAGUUUAUGACGCUGUUGACUCAAAUUGAAGCUACGCUCAAUUCACGGCCACUGUGUGCUUUAACAAAUGACACAUCCAAUUUUGACGCUCUUACACCCAGUCACUUCUUGACCUUGGAACCAUCUACGUCUCUUCCAGAGCCUAACUUAGAAAACGUCCCUAUGUCAAAAUUGAACCGUUGGCGUCUCAUAUCAGAUAUUCAUAAGCACUUCUGGACUCGAUGGAAGAAUGAGUAUCUUACCACACUUCAAGUUAGAUCAAAAUGGUUCACGGAUUCGAAAAGUUUGAGUGUUGGCGACCUUGUUCUUAUUCGAGAAGCCACACAUCCGCUGCAAUGGUCCAUAGGAAGAAUUCGUCAACUGCAUCCAGGAUCAGACGGAAUAGCACGAGUUGCAACAGUGGAUACUGCCACCGGAUCCUUUGUUCGCCCAGCUGUAAAACUCUGCCCCUUUCCAUCCUCUUGA